GUACUGCCGAUCAUGGCGUACAGUCAUAACGACGAGAUGCAAGGGGAGAAUGCCCUGGCAUUGGCUCUGUCCCUUGGUUUCAGCUCGAUAGAAAUCGAUCUCCCACUUCCUGGACAGGAUUCCACGUACCAACUUGUGGUUGGUCAUCGAGAGUCCGACCUGAACGAACGAUCCCUGGCGCACACAUAUCUGAAUCCAUUGUUGACGACGUUGAACGAGCGAAAUGAAGGGAAGAACGUAUCGGCAGGUCAAUGGACCGGACUGUACGAGUCUAGACCGAGAGCGCAAGUCCAGUUAGUCAUCGACUUUAAAUCCCACGGAGAAGCCAUGUGGCCGUACCUCGUUUCUGCGCUUGAGCCACUCCGCACAGCUGGAUUCUUGACGACAUAUCACGUUGAAUCCAAGCGAUGGUCAGCGGGUCCACUCAUCGUCGUUGGAACGGGUAAUGCACCGUUGUCCGAGAUCUACCAUGCUCCCCACAGGGACAUCUUCUACGACGCUCCGUUGAUGAAUUUGGAAGAACCAGUGACGAUUCCUGCGUCUUCGGCUCGUGAUGAGGUGACGUUCCAAUGGACCCCCGAUAUCUCUCCGAUGGCCAGUGCGAAAUUCCCCGCCAUGUAUCAUCUCGGGAUGGAGUUGCCUCCAUGGAGUUUCAUCGAAAAGUGGCUUAGGGGCUACACCGACGAAGCUAGACGGCGAGGCAUCAAGUCCCGUUGGUGGGGUACAGCGAGAAUGACACAGGGUAUAAGGAAGAGACUGUGGAUGAUGAUCAGUCGAGGUGGAGCGGAUUGGUUAGGAGGUGACGAUCUGCCAGAGCUGGCUCAGUGGAUCAGGUCAUCGUGA